CGGAGCGCCGCCGGCCUCAGGCUCCGCGCCGUGCCCAGAUGUAUCCCUCCCUCCUCGAGUGCCGCGCGCGCACAUGCUGUCCUCAGAAGGCAGCUCGCUGCGCGGGUUCGGUGGCGCCUUCCGUUGCGGGUUGGGGAGGGCUCUGGGUUGCGCGUUUUCUUUUUUAAAUCCCCAGAGCCCAAGGCGGCUCCAUCUGAGGACGGCCCCCUCGCCACCUCGGAGACAGUCGUGACCCGACGAUGCAGGCAGCGUGUCCCUUCCCAAGCCACGCCAGGACACCCGGGGCGAAGUACGGUCUGCCGCCCAAAUAAAAAAGCAACCCACCCGCCCCUCCGCCUGGCUUUGAGAGGAGAGGAACGGCGAGCGGAUCAGCACCAUGGAGAGCGCCUAGCGCAGCCGCCCGCUCUCCCGCCCACCCAGCCCCAACGUCUGUCUGUCUGGUUCCAUUCACACAGCCAGCCACGCGCGACUGCCUCUCCUGGCGCCCGCGUCGGCAACUGGCCCCUUGCCCCUCUGGCCCGGCCACCGCCCGCCAACACUUGCAUUCAUACACACACACAGGCGACUCCCACUCUCUGCCAGAGCGCCCCCCCCACACACACACACACGCUCUCUCUCGCCCUCUCUCUCUCUCUCUCUCUCGCCUCCACACACGCACACUCAGACUAGGCGCGCUCGCUUCACUUCACCGGCUUCUCGCAAGCUCCGCAGAUGGCAACUCCCGGCUCGGGUUUUUGGUCCUUCGGGUCCGAAGAUGGCUCCGGAGACCCGGACAACCCCGGUACAGCAAAAGCUUGGUGUCAGGCCGCCCAGAAGUUUACAGGAGGCAUUUCAACCAAACUCUGUGCUUUGCUGUACGGAGAUGGAGAGAAGCCCAUGGAAACGGGGGCGAAGGAGGACCCGAGCCACCCCGCCAGGAAGGCUGCUUGUGCCUGCAAUAACAAGCCCUGCGGUUGCCCGAAAGCGGAGAUUAAUUAUGCAUUUUUACACUCCUCAGAUCUUCUGCCAGCUUCUGACGGAGAAAUAGCUACUUUGUCUUUUCUACAAGAUGUUAUGGACAUUUUGCUCCAGUAUCUGGUGACAAAUUUUGAUAGAUCAACCAAAGUUAUUGAUUUCCAUUAUCCUAACGAGCUUCUUCAGGAAUAUAAUUGGGAACUGGCAGAUCAACCCCAGACUUUGGAAGAAACUCUGUUGAACUGCAGGACCGCCCUGAAAUACGCUAUUAAAACAGGACAUCCCAGGUAUUUCAACCAGCUUUCAACUGGAUUGGAUAUGGUUGGAUUAGCUGCAGACUGGCUAACCUCUACAGCCAACACUAACAUGUUCACCUAUGAAAUUGCACCAGUGUUUGUACUUUUGGAAUAUGUCACACUAAGAAAAAUGAGAGAAAUCAUUGGAUGGGCAGGAGGUGCUGGUGAUGGGAUAUUUUCACCUGGUGGUGCCAUAUCUAACAUGUAUGCUAUGUUGAUUGCACGUUUCAAGAUGUUCCCAGAAGUUAAAGAGAAAGGAAUGGCAGCUAUUCCGAGACUGGUUGCCUUCACAUCAGAGCAUAGUCAUUUUUCUGUGAAGAAAGGAGCAGCAGCCUUAGGAAUUGGUACUGACAGUGUGAUUUUGAUCAGAGUUGAUGAAAGAGGGAAAAUGAUCCCAUCUGAUCUCGAAAGGAGAAUUGUUGAGGCAAAGCAAAAGGGAUUUGUUCCUUUCCUCGUAAGUGCCACAGCAGGAACUACAGUAUAUGGGGCAUUUGAUCCACUCAUAGCAAUUGCAGAUAUUUGCAAGAAGUACAAGAUCUGGAUGCAUGUCGACGGAGCAUGGGGUGGCGGCUUGUUGAUGUCGAGGAAGCAUAAAUGGAAAUUAAAUGGUGUUGAAAGGGCCAAUUCUGUAACAUGGAAUCCACACAAGAUGAUGGGAGUCCCACUGCAGUGCUCCGCUCUGCUUGUUAGAGAAGAGGGGCUGAUGCAGAGCUGCAAUCAAAUGCAUGCUUCCUACCUCUUUCAACAAGAUAAGCACUAUGACCUGUCCUACGACACUGGAGACAAGGCCUUGCAGUGCGGGCGCCAUGUUGAUGUCUUCAAGCUAUGGCUGAUGUGGAGGGCAAAGGGCACUGCAGGAUUUGAAGCACACAUUGACAAGUGCCUGGAACUUGCAGAAUACCUGUAUAACAAAAUAAAGAACAGAGAAGGCUUUGAAAUUGUGUUUGACGGAAAGCCUCAGCACACAAAUGUUUGCUUCUGGUAUGUGCCUCCAAGUUUACGGAACAUGGAAGAUAAUGAAGAAAGACUGAACCGUCUUGCAAAGGUGGCCCCAGUAAUUAAAGCCCGGAUGAUGGAGUGUGGCUCCACAAUGGUGAGCUAUCAGCCCCUGGGAGACAAGGUGAACUUCUUCCGGAUGGUUAUUUCCAACCCAGCAGCCGCUCACCAAGACAUCGAUUUCCUGAUUGAGGAAAUAGAGCGCCUCGGGCAAGAUUUAUAAUCAUGUGGUCUGCCAGACUCUUCUGAAACCUCUCUAGGUAGACAAUUAAGUUGUCACAAACUGUGGUGAAUGUAUCUGUAGUUUGUUCCAAAGUGAAUCUAUUUCUAUAUUGUGGCGUCAAAGUAGAGUACAAUUUAAAAUUGAGAACAUUGCUCCUGUCUUUAUUUGCCCGCCCACCCCCCGCCCUUGAGUUUGUAAAUACCUCUUUUGCAGAUUACGUAAUAUGCAAAAAGGCUGCAUUCAAACCGAUCAGGUAUAAAGAAAUGCUCACAAUCUCAUCCUCUAGGUUCUAGUACAGUUAGUAAACCUGACAUUUUAUGUUAAACAUAGCCAAACUGAACAGUGUCAAAUUUGCCCCCACAAAUGGCCACAGAAUAAAAUGAGGGGCAGUAUAAAGCAUAAAGCAAAGUAUGCUUUAAAAUACAGAUGUUUUGCCUUUUUUUUCUUAGAAUAUUAGAACAGAAUUUCUAAUUUACAUACAUGUCAGAUGUAUUUAAAUACAUAUAAUUUUACAAAAGAAAGUAUAUAUAUAUUAAAAAAGAUCCUAUUUUGUAAAAUAUAGAUUUUUAUUUUAUAUGCGUUAUAAAGACUUGCAGGGGCAAAACAAAAAAUAGAAAUAAAAUCUGUUAUUUUCCUUCUCAGGAGGUUCAUCAGAUAUCUAACAGUGUUUAUUUUGAGACAUAAGCCCGUGUAAAUUCUUCAAACGAAAUGUCUUAGUUCUACAUUCACCUUACCUUGUACAUCUCCAGGAUUUAGUACUGCACAGCCUCAAGAGAGUACUGCAGCUCUUAAAACAAAAUCAAAAUAAAAUCAAUGACAGUGAAAUCAUGGGUCCUAGGGCAUGGUCUGAAGGCACAUGAUACGGUCACCUUGCUGAGGUUAAGCUGGUCUAGGUCAAUGCCUUGAUGGGUGACUGCCUGGGAAUCCCACAUACACUUCCCUGAGUUCCAUAGUGGAAGAAAGGCAGGAUAUAAAUGUCAUAAGUUACAAAUUGUUGCUGCUCCUAAUGAUGUUUCCUAUAUGGCCUAUCUAAGCAGACACACAGUCACUGCAGAGUGCUAACCAAGACUAAACUCUGGGUUAUAUUUGGAGUCUUCUCCAAACGGAGAAGUUAAUCACACUUCAGAUGAACUGUUUGUGCCAUUAGUAUCUUUAUGAGCUGCAUAUGAGGGGAACUUGUAUCUUCUGAUUAAAUCUGAGUCCAGAUGGCCCGAUUAUACAAGGCCUACUAGCAGCCAUUUGAUGCCCUACAGGUGAGGAGAGAUGGGACCAACUGGAUUUACAGUUGCAGAAUUCAGCAGAGGAUCUCCAUUAGCAGCCAGCCAGGCUUUAGGAGCCCUUUUUGCAAUCCAAGGAGUAGCAACUUCUCUGUACAGAUUCACUGGAGGCCACUGGAAGUGUAGAUUCAACCUGGUGACCUCCUGCCCUGGCUAUGAUGGCCUAAGACACUCCCCUCUUGCAAGCUCAGCCCUGGACUGUCCCCAGAACCAGGGGAUAAGGUGAUCUCCCCAGAAUAUCUUGGAAUACACAUAAAACCCACAAGCGUCACCUCCUUACAAUGCUUAUGCUUCAUAAGAACAUCACCAGCGGGCCAUUUUUGCUUGGUUCUCAUGUAAACGAUUGAGGCCAAUAGCUAUAUUUCUAUUGAAAUAUAUUUUGUUCAUGCAAAGGGGGUGGGGAAGAUAAUGCAUAUUUAUGUUCCUUCUUUUUUGUAAAAUGUUUCAUUGACAGUUGCAUAAGCAACUUCUAGAUACACCUUGUAGUGCAGGGGUCUCAUACUCCAUUGUCAGGGGCCUCCAUAUGUUGAGAUGAGAACUUUCUAUGACUACUUACAUGCAAUUAAGACGAGAGAGAGAGAGGGAGGGAGGGAGGCUUUCCGAUAGCUGUUCCCAUUAUAGCUGUUUCACAGCCCAGGGUCAGACAGACUAAACAGGAAAAGAGAGGGAGAAGGACCACCUCCUAUUUUAAAGUUAUUGUGAGGGAGAGAAUGGAGGAUUAUUUCCAUGGGCCUCAUGGUAUUGCUAGUCAAUACCAAGAUGUAGGGCUUCUGGUAUUGCUGGUGGUGGGAGAUGGAGGCUCAGUGCAGGCAGACUCUAAGGGAAGCGAUUAUUAUUUCUACAGCCCAAUACCAUGGAUGUUUACUUGGCAGUAAGUCCCUCUGCAUUCAAUGGGACUUAUUCCUGAGUAAGUGCGCGUAGAACUCAGCCUUAAGUUUGCACACUACUCACCACCCCCUUCCUCCAAGGAGCUCAGAGAGUGGCAUGUUAGCCUCCCAGCAGACUUAUACAUGAGCUCAGCUAAGAGAGAAUGAGAUGCCCAAAGCCAGUUAAUAAGCUUCAUGGCUGAACGGUAGGGAUGUGCACAAACUGGUUCGUGCACUCCCGGGAGGUUGGGGGGGGCGCUUUAAGGGGCAGGGAGGGUGCCCUUCCCUGCCCCGGAACGUUCCCCCAGCCAGCGCUCUCCCCAAAAUCGUUGCCGCGGGGCUGCAGCAUACCAGCUUUGCAGCACCAAUCACCACCAUAGCGCAAGUGGCCAACGCAUGUACAUGCCAUGCGCACAUGUGUGAGCCACUUCUGGACGGUGACCGGGGCUGCAGGGAGGUACACUGCAACCCCAUGGCAACAAUUCUGGGGAGAGCACCGGUGGGGGGAAAGUGCGGGGCAGGUAAGGGCACCUUCCCUGCCCCUUAAAACCUCCCACCCCACCGCCUCCAAACCAGCUCAAACUUCAGACUUGCAAACCAGUUCGGCGCUCCAGAAAAGGAGUUCCGAACCAAUUCACGCACAUCCCUGCUGUAUGGUUGCCUACAUCCAAACUCAAUGCUGUAACCAUAUUUUCAUCUCCCCUGCAGAUGAGAACUGGCAUAGCAUAAUAGCUAAGGGACUACAAAUCAGGAGGGACCGGGCUUAACACACUCUCUUUCUCUCUCGCACGCACACUCUCUCUCUGCUCUGGGCACGCUAGGUGGCCUUAGCCAAAUUACUUUUGCUCAGCCUCAGCCCUCCCAUCUGCAAUGUGGGGAUAGUCAUGCUGACCUGAUAGGGUAUUGUGAGGAUUACAAGGUACGUGAAGCAUUUGGACACUUGAAGCCUAAUGUAUUUUUGUAGGCAUUCUAGCCCUUAGAGACAUGUUCGUCUCAUGGCAAGCACCAUUGUUAAAGCACUUUGGAGACCCAUUUAGACUUCACGGAUACAAGAUCUUAUACAAAAUAGGUUAUUCUUAGGAGAGAAAAAUAGGUUGUAUCCAAAUUCCAAGGUUUGGAGUUGUCUCUUCUUAUAACCCUGACUAAGUUUUGGAUUUUUGCUUUAACUAGAAUUCACACAGCCACCUGGGUUUGUAAAGCAAUCUUGUUUUACACUCUCUCAAAAUACUUGAAAUAAGCAAGUGUGACGUACAAUUUGAAUGAAAAUAUACAACUUUUGGGUACUGGCUCAUUGAGUUGUCGUAAAAUAAGAACAAGGAGAUAAACUGUGUCUGUAAUUGUAUUGCCUUUUAAAUUAUAUUGAUAGUAUGGUUUUUGUCACCUCAAGACUGAGGCUGUGCACUUUAGAUUUAAAACUGUACAGUGUUGCCAAACAACAUGUAUUGCUGUUUAAGCUUGUACAAUAUAUUACUGAGGCGUCCUUAUCUGUGUGGUAGCAGUAUUGCAUCUUGAUAUUGUAAGCACCGCAUCCAUUCUGGUUUCUGUAUUGCUCAUCCCCUCUAGAUCACAAUUCCUUCCACCCUACGCUAAUUCCCAUGAACAGUGCUUAAUUCUAGAUGUUAAUGCUUAAGGAUUUGAAGAUUAGUUCCUCUGCCAGUGGGAUCUAAAGCAAUGUGUUCCAAGCUGUCACCUCUAUCCAGAUGUUAACGAGCACAACAGAGUUCUUGCACAUAAGGGCUUUCCCCACCCAGUUCAGUGGAGGGGGCAGCUCUGUGUCUGCUUUGGAGCCCCCAUAGUAUCCAUGGGGCAGGACACAACUCAUCCGAAACUACUGAUAUGCAAACUCCAUUCAAAGGGUGGAAGUGAAACCUCCAUGGAUCUGAAUGAAUGGCAGGUUGUAUAGCAGCAUCCCUUGGAAUACUAUUGCUAACCAGCAACUCACCAAUCAAAGGUUCCUGUUGCCACUGGGGGCACUGGGGUAUGUGUGGAAACAUACAGGGACAGUGGCAAAGGUGAUUAGUAGUCGCCUGGGUUACACCUUGCAUGUGCAUUUUUUUUUUUACACAAAAUAAAGCUGAUUAUAAACAGUGUAGAGAUGACUUCUGUGUACCAGUCCAAGAUCUGCACCUGCUACUUUCAUGUGGGUAACACCAGCAGGGUUUUCUUUUCCAUGUUACUUUGUUUGUUGUAUCUGAAAAAAACAAACUACAUGGCAACCUGUUCUUGUAUUUGAUUAAAGUAUUUUAUCUGUGGUGUCAUUCAGAACCCAAAUAAAAGUGUAAUGUGGUUA